UCUCCUCUCCUCUCCACUCCUGUCACAGUCAGUGCCUUCUUCUCCUUCUUCUCUUCUGCGUUUCCACAGAGAGAGAGAGAGAGAGAUGUUGGGAAGAGUGAGGGGGCCGUCGUCGUCGCCGGAUAGCUUGGAGAGGUCGACGGCCAAGCUUCUCAAGCACGAUCCUCUCUCCAUCUACGAAGCAACACUUCUUAAGCUUAAACAGGGUUCUCAGCAAAUCCAAGGAUCGCCAACGAGUGAGUUAGUGCGGCCACAUGAUUACUCCGCAGGAAGCUCCAACUGUGAGGAUACGAUGACCAUGGAGUGUGACUGUAGUUGUCCAAUUCCUUCGCAUUCGCAACUCACAUUGUUGCAUGAAAAGAAUCCGAUAACCGUAAAUGAUGCCUGUAUCUUGUCAAGUACCAGCGAUGCUCAUGCGAUCGUCAACUCGAAACAGCGAAGCAACGAUGAUGUAUCGAUUCUUCAUCUGUUUUCCAAAUACAAAAGCUCACAGCAUUCUUCUUCAAAUAGCAAAAUGGUGACGAUGGAGACUAAUUGUUCGUCGAUCGUUCCCCCAAGUCCUGGUGAUUACCUAUCUCUCGGAAACAUGGAACAAGAAUGUGUCGGCUCCUGAGCAAUAACAGUUUUAUGAUUGAUCACUCAGACUGGUGGUCUUGUGUUAUUUGUAAUGUUCAUGCACAAACUGUGUGCUUCAUAGCACUAUUAGUUUGUAUUAACUUGUAAAACUUACAAACACAACCUUGAGGUCAAAAGAUUUUCAUGCUGAUAAAGAUGAUAUGAAAGCGAUACUGUUAUAUGUGCUA